AUGGCGGGACUUUCACAAGAAGAUCGCAACAUUAUCAAGAACCAUCCUCUAACCAGCUCAGUCAAUCAUUUACAAGGUGUGCUUCAGGAAGCUGAAAUAAUCUAUGAGUCACGUCUAAUAUCCUAUGAUGGUGCUGUUGAUAACCUUGACCAACUCUAUCGGGGAGCGACUUCGGGACUUCUCUCUUACACCUGGUCAUCCGAAGGUUCCCAGACAAUGAAAUCCAGGACGUCGAUAAAUGGAAUGUCGGUCCCUCAAUCAACUCCUCCGGCGAGCGUUCCUCCCUCCUUUGACGGCACGCCAGUCAAAUCCACCUCUUCAUCGCAGAAAGGUUCCGAGCAGACAUGUGAGUUGAUGAAUCCAAGAAUCUUCGAGGAGAUACAUGGUUGCACAUUUCGAGAUGUCGAGAGCUUUUUUGACAAAUACUUUGAGGAGAAGGACUGGAGCGGCAAAACAGAUGCCAUCUGUCAACGCGUGCUGGCCCCGGACAGCGAUGGUAAUUGGGCCCAGUUUCCCAAUCCUCCUACACAGAACAAUGUCCUUGCCUGGUGGUUUCGUCUUCAAGAAGACCUUCUCUCAGAAUCACGCGGCACCUACUACACCACAGCGAGCAAAGCGGAUCUUACUGGUUCGAAGGCAGAACGGCAAGUCGACCUUCUUUUGCGAGCUAGGGGUGGUACCCCCUCGCGAAACAAACACAACUGGAGAGACAUCCUGGUAGUUGGCGAGCUCAAAAAAUCCACGGAGGAGAUCAAGACCAAGGACACUCUGCUUCAGAUGAGCCGCUACGUGCGCGAGGUCUUUACCGCCCAGCCCACCCGACGGUUCAUCCACGCGUUCGCCGUCUGCGGGACCAAGAUGGAGGCGUGGGUGUUCGACCGUUCAGGUCCCUAUAGCUCCGGCGUCAUCGACGUCUACAAGGACUCAAGACGGUUCUUUCAGGUGCUUGUUGGGUACACCAUGAUGAGUGAUGAGGAACUAGGACUGGAUAGUUUUAUUGCUAGGGAUGAAGACGGCAACAAAUCAAUAACUGUCAAAGGGCCUGGAACCCUAGACAAAAAAGUGCUGCGGCUGGGUGAAAUACUUUCCUUUCAACAUGCCAUCGUGUGUCGCGGGACCACGUGUUUUUUCACAAAUGAUGGACAAGGUGUAGCUAAAUUCUCGUGGGUGUCGGACAAGCGGCGGCCGGAGGUGGAACUCCUCGAGCUAGCAUGUCAAAAGAAUGUCCAAGGAGUCGCAAGGAUCAUCGGUCACAGUACCAUCACCAGCAUCGCCGACAUGCGCUGCGGUCUGACGUUCAACAAGCGCCACCACUUCAAAAGCGCACCCCCCAGCGCAACCUCCUCAUUUCAUCAAUCUCAGCCGCUCAUCGAGCCGCGCUGCUUAGAUAUCCGUCGCAAGUCAUCUUCCAGGAAACGCAGAUCCCCGGAUAAGGGGAUGCAGGUGUCCAAACAAUCGCGUUCCAUCAAUCAAUCAUCAAGGAACACCCAGGAGGAGAAUGAACUAGCUUUCUCCAUUCAGUCAGCGCACAAACCGAGCCUCUUCGACAGAAAUGGUGAGGAACUGUAUGACAACCGUGUCCUCCGCUGUCUAGUGAUAUCGCCCGCUGGCCGGCCGAUCUACAAGUACGAAUCACACUUGGAGCUGCUCAAGGCACUUCGCGAUGCAAUAAAGGCGCAUCGAUCUCUUUACCUGGAUGGAAACAUUCUUCAUCGGGAUAUUUCGGAGAACAACAUAAUAAUCACUGAUCCAGACAAGGCAGAUGGCUACUCUGGCAUGCUGAUCGACCUGGAUCUUGCUAAAGAAGUUGGAAGUGGGCGAAGCGGCGCGCGGCACCAGACUGGCACAAUGGAGUUCAUGGCAAUUGAGGUGCUGCUGAAUAUCGACCAUACCUAUCGGCAUGAUCUUGAGUCUUUUUUCUACGUGCUUAUCUGGCAGUGCGCCCCUCAUGGCUGGGGGAAGGAUAACCAUCCUAAGGAUAGUAAACUUCGUGCCUGGUAUACUGGUAACUAUGAGGACAUUGCAAACGCCAAGCUUGGCCACAUGAGCAAAGCUGAAAACAUGGGAUUUGGAUUCAUUUUGAGGGAGUUCCCUCCAAAGCUCCGUGGUGUUGUACCGCUAUGCGGGGCCCUACGAGACAUACUCUUUCCUUACAAUGACAAAGGUCUUAUUGUUGGCACUCCCCAAGACCCAAUCCGCUUAUACGAUCCUAUUAUUAAGGCGUAUGAUGACACGAUCGCCCAAUUUGAACUCGAAAAUCUCACUAGCGAUAAAUCUGUUUAG